AUGUUCAGGAAAAGUAUGAAGAAAGACCCGGAGCUGUUCCAAAACGUGUCGGAGGGCUUACGGCGGCUGUACCGGACCAAGCUGUUCCCUCUGGAGGACACGUACCGCUUCCACGACUUCCACUCGCCUGCGUUAGAAGAUGCCGACUUUGACAACAAGCCGAUGGUGCUGCUGGUGGGACAGUACUCCACGGGUAAAACCACUUUCAUCCGCCACCUGAUGGAGCAGGACUUCCCCGGCAUGCGCAUCGGACCCGAGCCCACUACGGACUCUUUCAUCGCGGUCAUGCACGGGGAGCAGGACGGGGUGAUUCCCGGUAACGCGCUGGUGGUCGACCCGAAGAAACCAUUUCGUAAGCUGAAUGCUUUCGGUAACGCCUUUCUGAACAGGUUCAUGUGUGCCCAGAUGCCUAAUUCUGUGCUAGAGAGCAUCAGCAUCAUCGAUACUCCUGGAAUCCUGUCGGGAGAGAAGCAGAGGAUAAGCAGAGGAUAUGACUUUGCUGCUGUACUUGAAUGGUUUGCUGAGCGCGUGGACAGAAUCAUUCUCCUUUUUGACGCGCACAAGCUGGACAUCUCUGACGAGUUCUCCGAGGUCAUCCGCGCUCUGAAGAACCACGAAGACAAAAUGCGUGUGGUGCUGAACAAAGCCGACCAGAUCAGCACGCAGCAGCUGAUGAGAGUCUACGGCGCUCUGAUGUGGUCCCUGGGGAAGAUCAUCAACACUCCGGAGGUGGUGCGUGUGUACAUUGGGUCGUUCUGGGCUCAGCCGCUGCUCGUUCCAGACAACAGGAAGUUGUUCGAAGCCGAGGAGCAGGACCUGUUUCUGGAUAUUCAGUCGCUGCCCCGAAAUGCAGCGCUACGUAAACUUAACGACCUCAUCAAGAGAGCUCGACUCGCCAAGGUGCAAGCAUAUAUCAUCAGCUCUCUGAAGAAGGAGAUGCCCAGUGUGUUUGGAAAAGAUUCCAAGAAGAAAGAGCUCAUUAGUAAUCUUGGAGAAAUCUACCAAAGGAUCGAGAAGGAACAUCAGAUCUCUCCAGGAGACUUCCCCAACAUCACUAAGAUGCAGGAGAUCCUCAACGGUCAGGACUUCACAAAGUUUGCUCCUCUGAAGCCCAAGCUGCUGGAGCAGGUGGAGGACAUGUUAGCCAAUGAUAUCGCUAAACUCAUGGCUCUGGUGCGACAGGAGGAGGCCGCCAUGCCCAGCCAGACUGUCCAUGGAGGAGCCUUUGAGGGGACCAUGACUGGUCCCUUUGGCCACGGCUACGGAGAGGGGGCGAGCGAGGGAAUAGAUGAGCUGGAGUGGGUGGUAGGCCGCGAUAAACCCUCGUACGAUGAGAUCUUUUACACUCUGGGCCCCAUCAACGGCAAAGUGUCUGGCGCCGCUGCCAAGAAGGAGAUGCUGAAGUCCAAGCUGCCCAACACGGUGCUGGGGAAGAUCUGGAAGCUGGCCGAUGUGGAUAAAGAUGGCUACCUCGAUGACGAGGAGUUUGCUCUGGCAAAUCACCUCAUCAAAGUGAAGCUGGAGGGUCACGAGCUGCCCUCAGACCUGCCGCUUCAUCUGGUGCCUCCGUCCAAACGUGGAACAUUAGGGCAAGAAGAAAAUACAGAGUGA